AUGGUCGAUGACACCAUCUGGUGGAAUAAGCCAUAUGCGCCAUCGGAUGACAAUGACAGCGCCACCGCUCAUCGUUCUGCCAGAUCCACCCCUCCCCCGGCACCGCUGGUUCCCUCCAUCAGCCCCAGCACCUACUUCAGCAGCCACCAUCCAGUCUCGCCAUCCGGUCCCCCUAGCCAGACGGCGGAAGCGACUGCCGAGGCGCCCAAUGUUCCGGACACUGCACCUGCAGUCACUGUCAGAUAUGCCCGUAACCUCGGACUGAGGUGCAAGGAUACAAUCCCACCAUCCACAUGGUACAGCCUGGAUCCGGCGGCGGUGCCGGAUUAUGUCAAGCACUGGACAUGCUGCCAGUCUUGUUCCAAAAAGAACACGCAGUGCAUUGGUCGGUCGGAUGCAGGGUGCUUCAUCUGCCACUUUAUCACCAAGGAUCCGUGCCCAUUCGCGAAGACAAAGCCCAGACCUCAGAGUGUGAAGAGGAUGAACAUGAGGGCCGAGUUUGAUUACAUCCGGACAACUGACCGUGUACGCCAGAUAGAGGCCAAACACUAUGACAGAGCCGUACGCAACAUAGACGCGCUCAAAGCGCAGUGGAGUAGUGAGCGGUCAUCCGGUUCCGGCUCGCAACGCACAGUCCGAGCCAAAAGGGUGAUGGCCUCGUCAUCGGCAACUGCCGCUCAGCCAUUGUCGGAUCGGGUGGAAUCAGUCAACGCAUCCAUUGACGCACUCCGAGCAACCAUCGCGGAGAUCAACCGGAGGUUGGACGAGAUGGAGCGAAGGCUUGAUGCCGGUGUCACAGUCGAGCAUUUGAGGGGACUUGUCAGUCCGGUUGGAAUUGAAGUGCUGGACGUGCGUACAGCGUAG